GUACGCCGAGCUGCCGUCGCUGUGGGGCGAGGACGACCUGGCGGCGCUGCUGGGCCGCCUCCAGGCGCUGCCGCUGAGCCUGUCGCUGGACGAGGUCGCCUUUGGGCGCCUCCUGCAGCUGCCGGGGCUCCUGGAGGGCUCCGCGGCGGUCUGGUUCGGCGACUUCUCGCGCGACCGACCGAGCGGCCUGGCCGACGGGCUCGAGUUCCUGGCGGCCGCGGUGUGCGUGUCCUCGCGUGCCUCCGCGCUGCGGAAGCUCGCGCUGCUGUUCGACCUCUUCGACGCGGGACGGGGCGGGCGGCUGCGGAGAGGCGACUUUGCCGUCGCCCUCAAGGCCGUCGCGCUCGGCCUCGGCCGCGUCGUGUCCGGACUGCCGCCCGCGGCGUCGCUGGCGGAGCUCGCGGGCCUCGCGGAGGCGCUGGGCGUGCCGGCGGAGGGGCUGUCGCCGGACGGCUGGGUCCGCUGGGCGAUGGAGGCGGGCCUGCCGCUGAGGUACCUGGCCGCGUUCUCGGGGCUGGGCUCGGGCGCCAGCGGGCGCGGCCCCUCGGCGGUGCUGGCCUGGGGCGCCAACCGCCGCGGGCAGCUCGGCCUGCCCUUCGGGCCCGGCGUGCAGCUCGCCCCCGUGCCGCUGCUGGCGCUGGAGGGCGUCCGGGUCUGCGCCGUGGCCUCCCACGAGUCCCACGCGAUUUUCCUCACGGAGGAGGGGCACCUGUGGACGUGCGGCGCGGGCUUCAGCGGCCUCCUCGGCCACGGCGGCCUCGAGGACUGCGCGCAGCCGCGCCUCCUGGAGCCUCUGGCGCACAAGCGCGCCGUCGCCGUGGCCGCGGGCGCGAGGCACUCGGCCGCCGUGACCUCGGACGGCCAGGUGUACACGUGGGGUGCCGCCGACCUGGGCCAGCUGGGCCACGGCUUCGUGGAGGCAGGCGGCGCCGCCCACGUCCUCUGCCACGACCCGACGACCGGCGGCGAGUUCGCGUACCUGCCGGUGCCGGCCCUGGUGCGCGCCUUGGCGGACGACGGCGCCGCCGUGGUGGCCGUGGCGUGCUGCAGCUACUCGACGCUGGCGCUGACCGACGCCGGGCACGUCUACUCGUGGGGCAACAACACGGACGGCCAGUGCGGCCUCGGGCAGCACGUGCCGGGGGAGAGGACGGUCACCAUCGACAGGCACAUGGCGCGCACCGCGCUGAAGGUCGUGGCGACCCCGCGGCGCGUCGCGUCCGCGGUUCCUUUCCGCGCGCUGAGCUGCGGCGGUUACCACGCCUUGGCGAUUGACCGCGAGGGCAGCGUCUGGAGCUGGGGCCAAGGCAUGUGGGGCAAACUCGGCCACGGGGACAUCCGCAGCAUGUACGAGCCGAAGGUGGUGGAGGCCCUGGAGCACAGGGGAGCCAACGUGGUGGCCGCCGGCAGGUCGCAUUCCGUGUGCCUGUGCUCCCUCUACCGCCUGACCGUCUCCAGCGGCGUCAAGGAGAAGCCCCUGAGCCCCUUCACGCUGCUAGGGCUGCCCGUGGGCAAGGUGAACAAGCACGCCUUGACAUGCGCGCCGCUCACGCCGCCAGGCACGUCGCUGCAGCUCCGCGCCUUCGUUUGCGCGCCGCUCAUGUCAGUGGGGCUGCCGUUCCGCUUCGAGCCGGGCGUGUCGCAGGUCAACGCUGGCUCUCACGGAGUGGAGACGGUGCGGGACUCGGUCGUGCUGGUGGACCGCGGCCUGGCGCAGGGGGUCUGGCUGAAGCUCGCCACGACAGACUUCGAUUUCAGCGUUAAGAUGGCGGCCACUGGCGCGCAGGUUCCCACGCGCCAGGGCCUGACUGGCGACGUUAUGACGGCGACAGAGGGCAUGUACGUGGCUGACACAGACUGCAAGGGAAAGCUCUGCGUCAUCGAGCUGCCCGAGGUGCCCAACAAGGACUCACCAGGGACAGAUCCCAUUGAGUCAGUGGUGCUGCGCGUGCUGAACGUGGCGCGAGGCUGCCAGAGCGCUGGCGCCUUGGCGUGCGUGUGCGCGCUGCCGCCCGGCUGCGACCUGUUCCGUGUGCAGGUGAGCGCAGUGCUGCAGGCGGGCCUGUCCGCCGCCGGGGCGGCGGCGGCCAGCCGGGCGUCCGCCAUGGGCCACCGGGCCUCGCAUGCCUCGGCGGCGGCCGGCCGGGCGUCCGCCAUGGGCCGGCAGGCCUCGGCGGCCUCGGCGCUCCAGGCGGGCAAGAGCAGCGGCAGCCUGGGCGUCAGCGCCGUGGAGGCCGUCAGGAGCACCGGCAGCGCCGUGGAGGCCGUCAGGAGCGGCGGCAGCGCCGUGGAGGCCGUCAGGAGCAGCGGCAGCGCCGCGGCCGCGGGCGGCGCGCCGCCGAUGCCGCUGGGCUUCCUCGACGAGGAGCACGGCGCGCUGCUGCGCAAGCACCUGGCGCGGCUCGUCGCGGCGCGCCUGGCCGAGGCGCCGGGCGGGGUGCCCGAGGAGGUGCGCGGCUGGAGGCGCGGCCAGGAGGAGUUCAGCGGCAAGCCGUUCUGGGAGCGCCAGGACACGGGCGAGAGGAGGGAGACGGCCCCGCUCGUGGGGCCGGGCGCCAUGGCGUCGCUGGUGGUCGUGCGGGAGGAGUGCCUCGCGGAGCGCCUGCAGGCUGUGGCGAAGUUGCAGCCCAAGGCCAUAGUGCUCUGCCAGCAGUCCUGGCGCCCCGACCCCGAGCCCGUGGCGCUGCCCGAGUUCGAAGGCGGGUGGCACCUGCAGGUGCCCAUCGCCUGCGUCACGUACGAGGCGGCCGAGGAGCUGAAGCGGCUCGAGAGGGGCCGCGCUGGAGCCGCCCGGCUCUGGGUGACCAUGGAGGUGCAGGAGGCAGGCGCGGUCUUCGCGUGGGGCGACGGCACGAUGGGCCAGCUGGGGCUCGGCGGCAUCGCCCACGGUUCGCUGCUCACUCACACCGCCAACUCGCUCACCAACGAGGAGCACUCGUUCGCGAGCCUGCCGCGGUACGUGUCGAGCCUGCACGAGGAGCAGGUCACUGCGCUCGCCUGCGGGGCGCAGCACACACUGGCGGCCAACAACGACGGCGAGGUCUUCUCCUGGGGCCAGGCGGAGGGCCUCGGGGCGACCGUCUCGGACGAUGCGUCCAGCGAGGUGCCCGUGCUGGUGGACCACUUGGAGGGCCAUUUCCGGGCCACCCGCGUCUUCGCCGGGCACGACCAUUCUUUUGCGGUGGCUGAGUCGAGCGUCCAGUCGGUCAUUUGAGGGCCGUCUCUCCCUUCCCUCCGCCUCCUCCUCACUCACUCACUCACCCCAUGGCGCGCGCCGCGGUGUCCAGCACCUCCACAGGCCGCGCCGCCGCGUCGCGCGGCGCCGCUGGCUCCCAGGGCCCCCGCCAGAGGGGCAGAUAUGGCCUCCCCCCAGCGGCUUCCCCCCAGCGGCCCCCCGACCGCGCACUGCCCCGGGGCCUCCCCCGCCCCCGUCCGCGCGGCGCGGGGAGGGCCUUGCCUCGCGCCCGCCGAAAGCAGGCGGGGCAGCGCGGCG